AUGACGAACACGAACAUCGUUUUGUCCAUCGCGGGAUCAGAUCCCAGCGGGGGUGCUGGAAUCCAGGCCGACUUGAAAACAUUCGCAGCCAACGGGUGCUACGGCGCAAGCGUCAUCACAGCGCUAACCGCUCAGAACACGACAGGUGUGCAGGGUGUGUUCCCUUGUCCGCCCAACUUCGUUGAGGAGCAAAUUAACUCUGUGCUCGCCGACCUCGAUGUCAAGGCCAUAAAGACAGGAAUGCUGUACGACGCGGAGGUGAUGCAGACGGUUGUUAGCUCCUUGAAGAAGUGCUUCGCUGGAAAGCCGAUGCCGCACCUGGUCGUGGAUCCUGUUUGCGUGUCGACUUCUGGCCACAGCCUGCUCGACCUGGACGCGCUGGCCGUCAUGAUCUCGGAGCUACUUCCUCUCGCGUCGGUGAUCACGCCAAACAAGUCUGAAGCAGAACUCCUUCUCGCACAAACGGGCACGAAGCUUUCCAUAAGCACCCUGGAGGACAUGCUGGUCGCGGCUGAGAAACUCCUCUCUGUCAACUGCGGUGCUGUACUCGUAAAGGGAGGGCAUAUCAUCUCAUCCCUGGCUGAGGUCGACGCGAUAGAGCGCAAGUUUCCUAAGAUCGACGUCGUUGGUGAGUGCAUACUUGGAGAGCACAUGGAGAUCCUCCUUCGUGCGUCGCCGAACACGACUGGGUCAGCAAUCCAAUUGGUCGUGGAUGUCUUGGUACAACAGGAUGGCGUCAAGGCGAUGUUCGUGCACCCACGGAUAGAGUCUACGAGCACACACGGGACUGGGUGUACCCUAAGCUCUGCUAUUGCAUGUGAGCUUGCGAAGGGAGUUUCUCUUGAAAAAGCCAUCGGAAUAGCGACAAUGUACACGCAUCUAGGAAUCCAAACGGCCUCUCCGAUCGGCAAGGGACACGGUCCAUUGAAUCAUCUCCAUAGCAUUUCUUCGUCGCUAGUUCCUCUACGCACGCCGGAAAAUCGGUAUCCGUUCGCCAAGCUGCUGAUUCAACGCACCUCUCAAAGUUGGAAAGGCUACGUACAACAUGAGUUUGUGAUUCAGCUGGGUAAAGGCGUUCUCGACAGAAACCGUUUCGCUCAUUUCAUAAAACAAGACUAUCAUUAUCUCAAAUACUAUGCCCGUGCAUAUGCACUUUUAGCCGCCAAAUCGGCGUCAUUUAAGAUCAUCGAGACCUCAACGCAAACUAUCCUCAAUGUUCUCCACGAAAUAGGAAAUCAUAAGACGUUCUGUGAAAAGUUCAACAUAUCUGAGGAAGAACUUGAGAAUACGCCCGAGUCGGUGGCGACGACAGCCUAUGGGGCUUUCAUUCUGGAUACCGGCAUCCAAGGCGAUGUCUCAAAGCUAACAAUGGCUCUGAUGGCUUGUCUUUUGGGCUAUGGUGAGGUCGGCCUCUGGUUGAAGAAGCAGAGCGAGAAAGAGAACAGUUGGGUCGUCCUUGACGGCAACCCUUACAAGCAUUGGAUGGACGAAUAUGCUGGCGAGAUGUAUCAAAACGCCGUCCAGCUCGGUCUCGAAACCGUAGAAGCGAUCGCCCAAGCAGACCAACCGUCGGCAGCGAAGCUGAAGGAGUGGAUCGGGGUCUGGGAGAAAUGUACGAGACUCGAGAAAGGCUUUUGGGACAUGGCUAUGAAUCUUAGUCCAUAG